UACAAUUCGUCUUUCGAAAUAUUAAUAUUUCAUGAAGAAUUAGUAAACAAUUUAGAUUUUAGAUACUGGAAAUGUUCGAAUGAAUGCAAUGUCUGAUACAUCAGGGGCUAUACUACUUUCGUCUCUAUCUUUCAAGUGGAAGAAGAAGAUAGAAAGUACAACAUUACUUGUGAACUCAAUUUCUCUGCAACAAGUGUUCCUAAUCGAUACUUCGAUGAAAUUAUGUGAAUCCGCUCAAGUAACAGCUGACAAAGUUACCUAUUAAUUUCCAGGGUAAAAUCAUAGUAUUUUCCGAAUAUCUGCUCGUUCGGUGUUGCGACUUUCGGUAACCGAAUUUUCAUUUUCGUUAACUGAUGCAUUAAGGCAAAGAAUCCAUCAUAAAAAUACUUAUCCUCGGCAAUAUAACGAACAAUUUUAACCUAACUUUUUUAAAUAUAUUUUAUAUACACGGUACAAUUUAGUAAUAACAGAUUAAAUAAUAUGUUUCAUUUUUAUUCUAGCCUGGGGUCACGCUAUGCAAGAGAUACACAAUGCCUGGCUACUUUAAGAGGAAAAUGUAAUUUGUGAACAACAGGUGCUUCGCGUAGAGGGAGGAGAACCCAAGAGGGAUGAGGUUGAAAAUGCGCAGGCGUUUGUUGGUUCACGAAUAUACUUCACGUAAACCGACAUUAUCGCGAUAAAAACCUUUCUCAAUCGAAAUCUUGCUAAAAGUUUCUGUACUGCUCGAGAUAGCGCAUGCAAUAAUAUCGGCAUGUUGAUAGCGGGGCGCACGAAAGAGCCUGGUUUCUCUAUUAUCGUAGGUGGUAUUAUUUCUUCCCUCCCCGUUAUUUCUUUUUUCUCGUUCUCUCGUAGUGAUGGGAUUGAUCCCGGAUCCACACAGAUUUACGACGUGGAUUUGUUGUUCUCACAUGAACUUUUUAUUUUAAUAAAAAUAUACGCACAUAUGCAAUAUGUAACCAGUUUUAUUCUGUACUUGUACAUACUUAUUGCACAUUAUUAUACUUACAAUGAAAUUAGUAUUUUAUUAAUAGUAAGUAUAAAUAAGCAGUUCAAGAUAAUAAAAUGAUCUACAUUUAUAUCAAUUAUUUCAGAAAGGAUUUGAACCCAGGAAAAGGUUCUGAGUCUCAUAAACCUCCCGCUGUGUUACGGCCUCUACCCAAUAAACUUUUUCAUUACCUGAACAUAUUGAGGUAUACAAUUUCCUAAACUUUGCAUGCAUAUUCCUGGCCACGUAUUUAUUAUAAUUUUAAUUAAGCUGAGUGUAUAAACCCUUCAUUCAAGUUUCAUUGAAAUCGGCGAAGACCACAUCCGGGCUACCUUAUUGAUGAAGUCUCUGAAGAAAACAAUACAUUGACGUAGUACUCAAGCACAGAUGCUAGGGAAGCUGCUUUCAUAUCUUUCUAUUGUUGUCCUACAUCCAUUUGAAAUUUCAAUCGAUUCAAAACAUGCGGCACGUAAUAAUUUUGGACUCGCAUUUCAGAUUAGUUGCUGGCAAAGUGUUUUCAAGGUCCAGGUGUAUCACGAGGGUAUUGGUCCCAUCGCUAUUCGCAUCCUUCGUCGCCUGGCAGCCGGCAUGUGCGCGUUGCAAUCGAUUCCAGAAUCAACGCAUGCCCUCCUCUCUUUCACCGUUCUUCGUGGAAGAAUACUCCAGUCAGUGGCACCGUUGCGGCACAACUGGACGUGCACAGUAGGGAAAUGAUCUAACGGGCGCUGUUCCAUGUUGAACAAUCGUAGUUUCGAAAGAUCGAUCGAGUCGAACCGCGCGUCGAAUCGUAGAGUCGGUUCAGUCAGGAUGUAUUAGAGUCGUAGAGAGGGCGAGGGAACCACGAGGAAAAGGUGUCACGCCCAGGAACAUCUAUGGGCCGUACACGGUGGUGGAGAGGAGGUUUGGAGCUGUUGAUGCUCUUCAUCCUCCAUCACGUAAUUCUGGGUGAUGGCGACGUCGGAUGUCUGUUCAGUAAGAACCUCUGCGAUCCUCGAACGGAAACAUGCUACAAUGACUUGGCAUUCGGUAGAUGUUUACCUGUGUAUACCGAUUUAACCGAGGAUGACUAUUAUCAAUAUAACUUUGACAUCAACGAACUGGAGCAAUUGAGACUGCAACUAGAGAGGCUGCAAGCAGAUGGCUAUAAAUGGUCACAUCCUUACACGCAAUGUAUUAUGCAAACGUCGUUGUAUAAUUUACAUCAUGGGGAGAGCUAUGAUCUUCGACUCUGUCAGCACUUGAAAACACGUACACGUUUUGAAAGUAAAAAUAACAUUGAACAGGUACCUGCAAUAGCCAUAGUAAAAUUCACACCCAAUCAUGGCGGAUCCAACAGCCAGUUUGCCAAUGAGUUGUAUUACCCCCCUGGAACACAAAUGCAAUAUGUUCCUGAUUCUUUAUACACUGAUCAGCUCUCUGAACAAUCAUACAGCGAACAACCUAGAGAGCCAGCUUCUCAAUUCUACAAACCAGAAUACGAUUCCAAUUCCUACAAUGAAUAUCAGACUCUGACCAGAGAAAAUUACGAAGAUCAGGAAAGUAAUUCGCUUAAUAAACCCUUGACCUUUGACGGAAUUAACGAGAGGCUCUACAGGACCAGACGACAACCGUACAAUCUACGAGAUUACAGUAACAUGGAGUCUAUCAAAAGUGUUUUGGAGAAUGAUAAUGAACCACUGAAAGAAUUUACUAAGAGCCCAAAUCCGAACACGAUCGACGAUCUAACAUCUGACGAGUUAGAGUUCUUGAUAAAUGAAAAGUCCUCUGAUGAUUAUCCUACAGUUCUAAAGAGCACAAACGAGUACGAGAAAACGUUUUCAAGAAAGUACAAACCGAGAAAGUUUGUUGAGCUUCCAGACGAUAGUGAACUUAUGUUUGAUAAUGUAAAACGUAAUUCAAAGAAUGAUGACUAUGUGAACGAUGAUUAUGACGAUAUUAACGUUGACAGUGAGUCGAGUCAUGGGGAUGCUUCCUCAAGGGAAAAUGUGAUGUAUACUGAAGGAGGUCUUAUGCAAGCUAAAGAUAAAUCCAACGAUGAUUCAGAUGAGAACGGUUACGACAACUUAUUCGACGAUGACGACUUGAACGAACUCUGGAGACGUGAACUGGCUGGUUUCAAACGCCGAGAACGGCUGGAUGUUAAGAAACCAGGACCUCCAUUCUCGACGAAUAACUACGCAUUUAAAAUACCAUCCACAUCUGGUUUGGAGAACGAAAACCGAUCCGACUCGUCCGAAACCGAGCUAGACGUAAGUGACAAUCAAAUGAAGAUCCUUGACCCUCAUGCUAGUCCAUUUUCAUCAUAUAAAAAUAUUUUCCAGAAUGAAGUAAUAUUCUCUCCGUUUGUGAAAAAAGAAGUUGGAGCUGGACAUCAGUCAGAGAGUUUAAAAUCAUACAAUAAUGUUGAUUUAGAUCACGUUUACAUGGUGUUUCAGCAACCGAUUCAUACGUGGUCAGAAGGGGAACAUGUGGUCAAAGAGGUAGAAAAAUUACUGGAGCUAAGACCCGGAGUACUGAAAGACAUUCGGGUGGGUCGAGCAGAAGUAACAUUUAAAGUCGCUAAAAAUAAUAAGAAUUAUAACGCUACCGAUGUCCUUAAUAAUAUCGGUCAUAUACGUGGAAAAUUACAAGAGACAUUGGGUGUUGUGGUGAUUCGUGCAGGCAUAGGUGACAAGACAAAGCUACCUGCCACCCUAGAAGUUGCCAGAGAAUCUCAGAUGUCGUCAGGCGCGCUCGGAGCGAUAGUAGUUGCAGGAGUUGCGUUUGCUGCAGUGGCUGCAGCAGUAACUUUGGUAUUCGCUCGUCGUCACGCUAAAUUCCGGGCUAAACUGACAGGAUUGGCUACACUUGAUCCAGAAGCUUCAAAGGAUUAUCAGGAUCUAUGUAGAGCCAGAAUGCAAGCGAAACAGCCAACAGACAAACCGGAAUCUCCGCGUAUCACCAGCUUGAGUCGUGAAAGUGAAUCUAAUAAUUUGCCUUCGAAUCGUUCAAGCACUUCAUCUUGGGGAGACGAACCUGCUCUCUCGAAUAUGGACAUAUCAACAGGACAGAUGGUCUUAAGUUACAUGGAGGAUCAUUUAAAAAAUAAAGACCGAUUAGAUCAAGAAUGGGCAGCGUUAUGCGCGUACGAGGUAGAUCCGUCAUCCACAGAAAUUGCAAAGAGCGAAGAGAAUUUGAAAUGCAAUCGUCCCGGCGCGGCACUUCCUUACGAUCAUUCCAGGGUGAUAUUGAAUGAUUUCGCUAAUGCCAAUAACUCCGACUAUAUUAACGCCUCGACGAUCACGGAUCAUGAUCCUCGGAAUCCAGCUUACAUUGCUACACAAGGACCAUUGCCUCACACAACGGCGGAUUUCUGGCAACUCGUUUGGGAACAAGGUAGCGUUGUAAUUGUGAUGCUAACCAGACUCACCGAAGAGGGUAUCGCUAUGUGUCACCGUUACUGGCCACGAGAAGGAUCAGAAUUAUAUCACAUUUACGAGGUGCACCUUGUCUCUGAACACGUCUGGUGCGACGAUUACUUGGUUCGCUCCUUCUACUUGAAGAAUCUUCGUACCGGUGAAACCAGGACUGUAACGCAAUUCCAUUUCACGUCUUGGCCUGAAAAUAAUGUGCCACAUUCCAUUAAGGCUCUUUUGGAAUUCCGCAGAAAAAUCAAUAAGUCGUACAAAGGCAGAUCAUGUCCUAUAGUAGUACAUUGCAGCGAUGGUGCUGGCCGUACCGGUACUUAUUGUUUAAUCGACAUGGUUUUGAAUCGUAUGAUGAAAGGAGCCAAGGAAAUCGACAUAGCAGCUACACUAGAACACAUACGAGAUCAAAGGCCUGACAUGGUUGCAACUAAGCAACAAUUUAAAUUUGUCCUGAUGGCCGUAGCAGAAGAAGUACAUGCAACUCUUAAAGCUUUACCUGUACCCCCCGCGGAAAAAUCUUCUCUUCUAGUAAGCACUUCUUCCACGAAAGAAGGCUAGUAAAAUUUGAAUCGAAUUGUAAACUGCAAUCGCGACAAGCAAAAACGAAGUAUUAAUUACAGUCUAUCCAAAAAAUGGCCAAAUAUUUCUAAUUCAACGUAAUCAUAUUUAUGAGUCUAGAAUCUCUAUCAGAUCUUUUAUUUUCUAUAUAACUUUCUUGCCUUGAAAUAUUUUUGAACGGAUUUUAAAAUCAUAGGAACUGAUCACGAGCUUGUAAUAGACUACUUCAAAUAUGCUUCAUUAUGAAAAACCCUGAAUUUCUGUAUCCCUAGAUUUUUAAAAGAUAUGCUGUUUUUGUUUAUUUAUCGAGUGUGAUAAAAAACAUGUGUACAAAUUACUAUUUUCUAGGGAACAAUUCCUUCUGGCUAAUUUGUAAUAUUUUUUAUGAUCUCUUAUUUGACUACGGCCUAUUUAAAUAAUUAGGUGCAAACAUUUAUAUACAAAAGACUGAGCUAUACAACUGUUGGAACUACCUAUUGGUUCACAAGCGAGUCAUUUAUAUUCUUGUGAAACUUUUAUGUGAAGUAAUCUUUUAAUUAUACAUAAUUUUAAUGCUUCGAGAAAAAAUGAAGGCUUAUCACUGAUUAUGUAGCUCAGUCUUUAUAGUAUUUGUUUCAUUCUUAAUAAAUUAUUUGAGUCAAAUUAAAGUUAUAUUGCCUUCUCUAAUGGAUGACUUAACUAACGUGCUUUACAAUAGCUUUAAACAAAAUAUCAAAAUAUAUUACGGUAUAAAGAAUAUAGUUCUAUCUGCUCAGUCAAUUCUAUCAGCUGCAAAUAACUUAGUGCUCGGAUUGAUUAAAGCAAAUAUGUUCAAUUAUGUAUAUAAUUAAUAUUUAUGAUAGUUUUUUUAAUUAACUUUUGUUUACGUAAAAAAUGCAAGAAUUGAAAUCACCAUUUUAGAGAUUGAAAUCAGAAUUUUUAUACUAUUGUUACACGUUCUAAAAAAUGUGGAUUUUAACGAAGGGCUAAGAAUGUUAUUUCCGUACAAUGAAAUUUUAUUCGACGUUGAACGAAAAGUUUAACGUGAAAAGAUCGCGGGAAGCACUAUUUAUCAGUCUCUUUUCUACGCAUACGAAGAAAAAAAAAUAAUCGAACUGCACAAUAUUCGCAUUAUAAUUAAAUAUCAUAAAAAAAAAUAAUCGGUUUUAUCAAUGUGAAAUAUAGUGUGGCUGCAUAACGUAAACUUAAUGUUCUAAAUAUCAUACGAAAGUGUAUUAUGUUAACAAACUUUUCCAAGUGGAAUGUUUAAUUAUUAUAUCAUGAAAAUGAUAUUAGGUGGUGUAUAAAAAGAAAAAUUGUAAACGUACAUGUUCGCACAAACUGUCGUGUCGAUAUGAUAAUUUGUAAAUGGAAAUGUCGUCUGUUUGUUUUGAAACUACAGCAUUAUUGGUCCUGUGUAUCCAGUCUCCCGCAAGAUGAACAUAUUGUAUUUAAAGUUCCUUCCUUGUUCAUUGUGCAGAACGAUUAC